AUGGAAAUAUUUACUGGCAUACUAAUAGUGUUGGUACUAUUUUUUAUAUAUGAUUACAAUUUUUGUUCAAAAGCAUUGAUAUUUUAUAUAGGUGAUAAAUCUUUAAACAUUUUAAAAAAAUGUAGUAGCAUUGAACGAACAUAUAGAAGUACUGUUUAUUUGGUUUAUCCAUUUUUACAGGAUAUUUUUAUACAUGUAUUUUAUUUUUAUUUAGAAAAAAAAAAAGAAUAUUUAAGUUAUUUAAUUUCUGAAAAUUCAAAAAUAAAAAAGAAAAUAAAUAAGAAUGAUGAAGAAAAUGAAGAAAUGUUUGUCCAAAUAUAUAUAAUAAUAAAAAAAUGGAUAUAUUUCAACAUUUUGAAACUAUUUUUUUUUAUAAUUGAAUAUUUAAAUAUAUAUGAAAAUAUAAAUUUACAGGGUUAUAUAAAUACAAGAGAAGUACUAAAUAAUAAUAACUUUGGAGUAGUAAUACUUGAUUAUUAUUUACCAAAUGCUACUAUAAAAAAAAAAAAAAAAAAUAAUAAUAAUAAAAAAGAAAACCAAAUAAAUUUAUCUAAUCAUAAUGAAAAUUAUAUAAUAGAUUUAUACGAUUUAAUAAAUAUUAAACAAGAACAAAAAAUCAAAUUAAUUUUAAUUGAUAAGAAAUGGAAACAAAUAUUAAAUAUAAAAAAUGUAGAAUCUCAUGAUGUUCAUUAUUUAUAUAUACAAGAUAGUGUAAUAAUACAAUAUGUUCAAUUUUUAAGAAUCUUUAAAAAUAAAAUUUUGAACACAUCUAGCAAUAUAUCUCCAAAUUAUAAAGAUGUUGAAAUUUUAUCAAAUAUAUUAUUUUCAUCUACAGAAUCAGAAAAUGAAAUAACAAAUAAAAUGGUGAACUAUUGUUUAAAGAAGGAGGAACAGCAACAUGGGGUACAAACAGAAAACCAUCAUGACAAGAAAAAUGUAGAAACGCAUUUAAAUCAAAAAAGGGCCGAAAAAAGGGCCGAAAAAAAUGAUGGAAAAAAUGAUGGAAAAAAGGCCGAAAAAAAAGAACAAAAUGAUGAGAUAAAUAAUUCUAAAAAUCCAGAAAAAAAUACAGAAACCAAAUUAAGAGACAAGUUAUACGAAAAUUUAAAAAAAUGUGAAUAUAAAAACAUAAAGGGCAUAAUUAUUAUCGUCCCAGAAAUGUUUUAUAACUAUGUAAAUGUUAAAGAGAUGCAAAAUAAUAUACCAAUUUAUUAUCUUCUGACAAAAAAUGUAAAAAUAGACACGUUUACUGUUAUAGCUAAAUUAUUAGGAUAUAUAUGUGUUCAUGUACAUAUUAAUAUUAAUUUUGGAUUAUCGAUUCCAUAUCUUUUUAAUUCUAAAAAUAUAAAUAUGUUAGAUAUAUUAUAUAAUUUUAAUAUCGAUCAAAAUUUAUUUAUUAGAGAUUAUAUAUUUCCUGAUUUUAACUAUCUAAACAAAACCGAAAAAUAUAACAAAAAUAAUCCAAAAUUUAUGGGAAAUAAUCCAAAUUUUAUGGGAAAUAAUCCAAAAUUUAUGGGAAAUAAUCCAAAAUUUAUGGGAAAUAAUCCAAAAUUUAUGGGAAAUAAUCCAAAAUUUAUGGGAAAUAACCCAAAAUUUAUGGGAAAUAACCCAAAAUUUGUGGGAAAUAACCCCAAAUUUGUGGGAAAUAAUAAUUUUUUAAAAAAAAAAAAAAAAAAAAAUAUAAAUUCACCAUUAUUUUCAUGCCCAUUCUCAUUUUUUACUGACAAUUAUAAUGACAUUAAUAUUUCCAUGUCACAUUUUAAAAGUAUUUUUAAAAAUUAUAAUUUUAUUUUUCUUAGUUUUAAUGAUGGAACAAAUAUAUUAUUAAAUUAUUUUUUGGAAAAAUUAUUAAAAAAAAAAAUAAAUAAAAAUACAACUAAACAUACAAAACAUCAUUUUAAUUUUCAUAAUAUUAAUCCAUAUAAUUAUCAAGUUAAUCAAUUUUAUAAAAAUAAAUUUAAAGAUACUAAAAAUUCUGUAAAUAAUAUUACAUAUAUAGAUCAUAAACAAAAUGUGAAUGAAAAAAUAAAUAGUCAAAAUAAAAGUGAUGAAGAAAAAGAUACUGUUAAUAGGCAACAUAAUAAAAAUAUUAUGAGUUUAUUUUUUAAAGAUAAAAAUAAAUGUGAUAAUAAUAGUAAAUAUGAAAAUGAGAUGAAUUCAGAAUGUAAUAUAAAAAAUAAAAAUGCUAAAGAUUUUUUUAAAAAUAUAAAAAAAUGGAAAAUUGAUAAAUUUAUUUAUGGAAUAAAAGGAAAAGGACAUAUUCCAAUAGAAUCUGUUAUAAAUGAUGAUAAAUCAGAUUUUGAAAAAAAUAAACAAAAUAAUAUUAUUUUAAAAGAUGUUACAUCUGAUGAACAAGCCACUAAUUAUAUUUCUGUUGGAAUCGAAUCAGAUAAUUCGAUUGGAAAAUUGGAAAAUAUAGAUGUAGAAAAAGAAGAAGAUAAUGGAAUACAAAUAAAUCCGGAAACAUUAUAUGAAAAUCUUGAAUGGAAUGAUGAAGAAAAAAUAGAAUCUGAUGGAGAUAUCGAAACAGAAUCAGAAUCAAAAUCAAAAUUAAAUACAACAAAUAAUGAAAUAAAAAUAGACAAUAAUAUAGUAGAUGCAUCUAUAGAAGGUGAAACUCCUUCAAACACUCAAUCAAAAUUAGAAACAGAAAUUGAAGAAGAAAUCGAAACUGAAAUAGAAGCACAAGUAGAAAAAGAACGAAAAAAAAAAUACAGUUUUAAAUAUAAUCAAAAAUUAAAUAAUAAACAUAAAAAAAAAUCUAAAGAAAAAAAAAAUAAAAUAAAUAAAAUAUAUAAAUUAAAAAGUUCAAAUGAUAAACUAAAAAAAAAUAUAAAAAUUAAUUAUUUUUUAAAUCAAUCAAAAAUUAGUAUCUUUGAUAAAGAACACAAUUCUGAUAAAACUCAUGAUUUUGAAUUGUCCGACAUAAGCAAAAUGCACGAAAAUGAUGUAAGCGAUACAAACGAUGUAAAUUGUAUAAAUGCAUCUGGCAAAGUGCGUGAGAGUGGUCUAGAUGCAUCUGGCAAAGUGCGUGAGAGUGGUAUAGAUGCAUCUGGAAAAAUGGGUUCCCCCCAUUUUGAGCAAAAUGAAAGUAAAAUGAGUAAUGGUUAUAUAGUUACAGAUAUAAAUGAUAAAACAAAUUUAAAUUCAAAAGAAAUUUAUAAAAGGAACAGCUCAAAUAAUAGCAAAAAUAAUUAUAGAAAUGAUAGUUUGUCACGAAAAAGUAGAUAUAGGAGUAUAAGCGACAAAUCUUACGACAUAAAUGAAACAUUUUUUAGAAAAGGGAAUGAAAAUGGAAUGGAAAACGGAAUGGGAAAUGAAAACGGAAUGGGAAAUGAAAACGGAAUGGGAAAUGAAAACGGAAUGGGAAAUGAAAACGGAAUGGGAAAUGAAAACGGAAUGGAAAAUGGAAUGGAAAAUGAAAACGAAAACGAAGUGGAGGAAUAUGUUGCCAAGAAUAACAAUGAAGAUGAUUUAAAAAGCAUAAUGACAGAAAAUGCAAUAAAUGAUGGGAUACCAGAAAAUAUAUCAAGAAUGUCUCAAAAAUUUCGAUAUAGUUUUUUUAAAAUAAAAAAUAAAUUUAAAUCAAAUUUAAAUAUAUCAGAUAAUAGUAAAAAAGAUAUAGAAAAAGAUAAAAUCAUAAAAAAUUCAUUUUUAAAUAUAAAAAAUUCAAGACUAACUGAAGAAGAAAAUAAAAGUUAUUCAGAAGAAGGUUCUACAGAUGAAGAAGAAUAUGGAAAAAAAAAUAAAGAAAAAAAAAAUUUUCCAAAAAAAAUAUGUAUAUUAAUUAACUUCUCAUAUAAUAAUAUGUUUGAUAUAUUUAAUUAUCCUGAUAUUUUCUUAUCAGAAAAUAAAAAUAUUAAAUUUUCAAUAAUUCAUAAAAUAAUACAUUCAGUAAAUAUUUUUUUCAAUUCUUUUUCAAUUUUAAUAAAAAAAAAAUAUUUUUUUUUAUGUACAGAUAAAUUAGAAAAAUAUUUAAAAGAUACAUUAUUUUAUAAUUAUGAUUAUGAUUUAUUUCGAAAAAAUAAAGAAAUGAAAAUACACACUUCUAUUAUUAAUAUUAUCAAUAAUGCUCAUCUUAUAAACUUUCAAAAAAAUGCAAAAAAAAAUACAAAAAAAUAUAACUAUUUGUCUACUUUUCAAAAUGUUUCGAAAGAAAUUGAUCAAGAAAAAUGUAUCUCCAACUUAAAAAACGAUAAUAAUAAUAAUGAUAAUAGUGAUAAUAAUGAUAAUAAUAAUAGUGAUCGUAAUAAUAGUGAUAAUAAUAGUGAUCGUAAUAAUAGUGAUAGUUAUUAUCAACAAAAAUAUUCCGAUGUUAUAGAAAAUGAAAUGAAUAAUAAAAAGAACCACAUCUUAAAAGGAUCAAAUUUAUAUGACAGUACCAAAAGCACAUGUGCUGGUGGCAAAACAAUUUUGAAUAACCUUGGUUCUAAAAGAAAACUAAUUAGUAAUACAAACAGACCGAAUAUGGAAAAUAAUCUAACGAGCAAAUUAAGCAAUGCUCACAAUGCUGAUGAUGCUGAUGAUGCUGAUGAUGCUGAUGAUAGUGAUAAUGACAAUGAUAAUGACAAUGAUAAUGACAAUGACCAUGAUAAUGACCAUGAUGUAUGUAUAAAAAAAGAUAAUCACAAUAAAAGUUCAAAUAUUGUGACUAAAAUGGAGGAAAAAUAUACAAAUAAAACAAAUUUAUUAAUACAUAAAAAAAAAGAUUCAAAUUAUAAGAAUUUGUAUGAACAUAAUAAUAUUCACAAAUGCUUUGAUAAAAAUAAUAAAUAUAGGACUAAAGAAAAUAUAGUAUAUAAUAAUAAUUUACAAGAAUGUGAAAAUAAUUCAAAUAUAAAAAAAAAAAUGAAUAUAUUACAUAAUAAAGAAAAAAAUAAAAACUGGAAUAAAUCUAUAGAAUAUUAUCAAAAUUUUAAAGAAGAUGUAAUGUCUUAUUUUUGUACAAAAGAAUUAUACGAAAGAUGGCGUUUUUUUUUUGUUAACACAUUAUAUUUAACACCUCAAGAUAAUUUUUUAUUUAAUUUAGUAUUUAUAUAUAAUGUAUAUAAUUAUUUAAUAUAUUUAUAUGCAUGUUUUUAUUUUACUGAAAAUAAAUAUCAUGAUUUUUGUUCAAAUCAAAAAUUUUAUGUAUUUAUUAAUAAAAUAAAUGAGAUAAAAAAUAAAAAAGAUGAACAAAAUUUAUGUAGCGAAUAUAUCAAGGGAUAUAAUCGAAAUAGUUCAGAAAUUAUACCCAAUUUUCUUCAUUAUAAAGAUUAUAAAUUAAUAAAAGUUUUUUAUUAUAUAUCUCAAAAUGCUAGUAAUGAAUUUAUUUCUAAAAAUAUUAAAAACUUUGAUUUUCCUAUUUUUUUUAUAUUCUCAUCAGAUUAUAAAAAUUUUAAUUUCAAUCAUUUUGAUAUUUUCAAAAUCUCAAAAAAUAAUAAUAUUAUUUAUUUAUUAUAUAAAAGAGGAAAUCAGGGAUACUUCUUUUCUGGAUUCAAACCUUAUAUAUGGAUACAUAAAAUUUUGUUUGGAUUAACUGAAUCUUUAUUUUUAUCUUCUUUAGGCUAA